AUGGCAGCAGCAGCGCGGGCGGUGGGUCGUCUGACCCCGAAGACGUCGGCGCUCUUCGUCUGCGACGUCCAGGAGCGCUUCCGCGCCACCAUCCACCAGAGCGGCGCCCUGAUCGACGCCUCUGCGCGCAUGGUCCGCGGCUGCAAGGAGCUCAGCGUCCCCGUCGUGGUCACGGAGCAGUAUCCGAAGGCUCUCGGGCGCACUGUCGACGAGCUACAGCAAGUGCUGCCUGCGGGGGUCGAAGCAGUGCCCAAGACGCUGUUCAGCAUGCUCGUCCCGGACGUCGAGAACCAGCUCCAGAGCAUGAAGGACGUGAACCAGGUGAUGUUGUGCGGGCUGGAGACGCACGUGUGCAUUUUGCAGACGGCGCAGGACCUGAUCGAGCGCGGGUACGAGGUGCACGUCCUGGUCGACGCGGUGUCGUCAGCGCGCGUGCAGGACCGCGACGUCGCGCUGCGGCGGUUCGCGAGCGGAGUCCACCCGGGGUGUUUCCUGACCACCACUGAGUCGGCUCUGCUGCAGCUGUGCGGGGACGCCAAGCACCCGAACUUCAAGGCCAUCAGCGCCAUGAUCAAGGAGCAGCGCGAGGCCGUCCUCGGCUUCACCUCCGCCCUGUAA